AUGAGACUUCAACAUAUACCUUUUCAUCGUUGGAUUCCGCCUAAAUUAACUCCUAAUCUCAAUCUUAUGGACGCAUCACGUGUUCGUCGUAUAAUUGAUUUUUAUGCACGACUUCCUCGAGGUCCUGCUCCUACAAUAUCCCCUCGAAACUGGGUUGAACAAUACAAAAAAACUUAUUUUAAUGGCCGAGGAAAGGCUCAACCUGUUUUACAUGCAAUCGGAGGGCUUGUUAUAUUUGGAUAUAUUUUAGACUAUUAUUUUCAUUUACGUUAUCAUAAACAUUCAAUACAUGAAUAAAAAUAUUCUUAUUAAGA